UGGACUUGUUUAUAAAUUAGAGAUUUUUUCUUCGUAGCACAGUUUUGUUUGUAUUUUACUUCUAGAAUGACGUUUUUGAGCGUAGUCAUUUUUGGUUCACUUUUUUACCUCUCACAAUGCAUGCCUACGGACAUGAUACCUCCAAUCCCAGAGGUGACCAUGCCUAACUACCAAGAGCAGAUGGAAGGGUUCAUGAAGGACAUGACUGUAGCAGCGGAGAAUCACCUGCAGCCUCUAAUGGCACAACUGGAUCCCAGCGAUCAACAGCAAGUGGUGGAAUAUGGAAUAAACUCUUUCAUUAACUAUAUCGACUAUAUGAUUCACAUCAUCACGGCCAACGAAGAUGCCAAGAUUGCUCAGGAAUCAGCGACAGAGGCGGAAGAUGACGACGACUACCUUUACGAUGAUGAUUAUGAGAGAGGAAAAUUACUAUUGUCCAAAUAAAGUUUUGACAUUUGC